CAUGUGUUUUAUUUAACAUAACCUUAUUCUUCUAAUUUUUCACUUAUUGAGUAUUUUUGCAAGUUUUUGUGCUAAUUUAUAAUAUUUAUAUAGAUAAUAUAGUAAAAAUGGCAGAAGCUAUGCGUCAAAAUAUUGCUGGAAUGCUUAAAAGUAUUGAAAGAUACAAUCCAGAAAAUUUACCUACUUUGGAACAGUAUGUAGAAAUUCAAUCGAGGGAAAAUGCAUAUGACCUCGAGGCUAACUUGGCAGUUCUCAAGUUAUAUCAGCUCAAUCCUCAAAGGUUUAAAGUUGAUAUAACGUGUCAAAUAUUAUUGAAAGCCUUAACGAACCUACCACAUACUGAUUUCGUCCUUUGUAAAUGUCUGCUCAAUGAUAAUAUCAUGCAAGAAGAUCCAAUUAAUCAAGUAAUUUACCUUGGAGAUAUUUUGGAGCAGUGUGACUUUCAACAUUUCUGGAAUAGAGUAAAGUCAAUGUCAGAGCUUUGCAAUAAAAUUGUUGGCUUCCAAGAUUCAAUAAGGAAAUUUGUAUGUCAUGUUGUAGGAAUUACAUUCCAAACAAUUGAUAAAAAUCUUUUAGCUCAAUUACUUGGCAGUGUUGAUGAAUCAACAUUGAAACAUUGGGUUAAAAAGUACGGAUGGCAAGAACAGAGUAAAAAUGUUAUUUUCAUAGCUAAUCAAGAUGAGAACAUAAAAACAAAGAAUAUUACCGAAAAAAUCGAUUUCGAAAAUGUUGCUGGACUUAUGGCUUCUUGUCUUUAAGGAGAAUAAAAAGUUCUUGAUGUUUUAAUAUUUCUAAUUAUUUCUAAAUAAAUAUCUUAAUCACAAAAUUAA